ACUCUUCUCGUGUGAUAUACUAUCGUGAUAAUUAUUUUAUUUAUGAAUAAACAGUAGUUAUAAUUAAACAUAAUAAAAGGAAUGAAUUACAUUUUCAAGAGCAUGUAAAAGAGAGAUCGAAUGUGGAGUGCGAAUUCCAUACCACGAAAUCUAACAUCUCUCAUCUUCUUGAUCCACACAAAAUGAGCACCAUCUACGGCACAAUAUCCACCGCCGCACCACCGCCGGACUCGCCGUUCCUCUCCCGGAUCCGAUCGGGGAUCGGGACGCGGCGGUCGUGGCGGGUGAUGGUCACCUCCCUCUCCAUGCCGGAGAGCGUGGGCGCCGCCGUCCAGCGCCUCCGCACGAACGCCUCCUAUUUCCACGUGAACUACGCCAUCGUGGUCCUCUUCACGCUCUUCGUGAGCCUCCUAUGGCACCCGGGGGCCCUCAUCGUCUUCACGGCCACCAUGUUUGCGUGGUUGUUCCUCUAUUUCCUCCGCGACACGCCCCUUGUCGUCUGGGGCUACGGCGUGGAGGAGCGCGUGGUGCUCGUGGUGCUCUCCAUUUCCACGGUGGCGCUGCUGCUCCUCACGCAGGCCACCAUCUUCCUCGGGGGGAUCGCGGCCGGGCUCGCCGCGUCACUGGCGCACGGCGUGUUUAGGAGGACCAACGAUUUGGAUUUCGACGACGAGGACGGCGGAGGCGGGGCCGCCGUGGGCUUGAGAGAGACGGCGUCGGCCACUUAUUCUGUUUUAUAGGAAAACAUAUUAAUCCAUCAAAUGUGAGUAUCGUGUAACUUUAGCAUCAAUUAAUCGUGAAGUUCAUAUAUAUAUAUAUAUGUUUUUAUGAUCUCAUUAAUACAGAUUUUCUCACCAUCUCUUGAUAAAA